AAGUUAGAAUAUAUGUUAUUUUGGUAAAAGAUAGAACAGAUUCUAUACCUAAAUGAAUAUUCUCUUCAAAGGAGAUGUUUAUUUCAAACCCUUUUGCUUUUCUGUAACUUUUAAAAAGUGGCCUUGAGUACUUAUGAAUAUCCACUAGGGUGAUAAGUCUGCAGGCUUUCAUGUACUUAAUUUGUGGAAAUUACUCAAAUAGCUAACCAGAUGAUUCUGAAUGAUAAGAAAAUGAUAAAGUGAUUAAAUUAGGAAUUUUUUUCAGACUUUAGAUAUAGCUAGAGAGUAAUGACACAAGAAGAAGGAAUUGCUUGUAUUUUAUCUUGACUACAAAUAAUUCUGAAAGAAAAGUGAUAGGUUUUAAACAAAGGAAAUUGUAUUUAUUUUCUUUUCUAGGGAGACUCCUUUGAAGAGGGAAAAAAUUAGUUGGAUAUAUAAAUUCUGGUUUACUGAAGGCAUUAGUGAAGAAUCAUCCAAGGAACCACACUGUAACAAGGAUUCAUCUGAUAGCUACCCCUGCAAGUGCACUCAUGUUGAUGAGCCAGUGCAUAGCAAAAGGCCUAACUCCAUUUCAGAUAGUGCUUCUUUGGACAUCACUGGAAGAUGAAAAGGGAAACCUGUUUCAUUCUCAAGCCUACUCUAGGGCCAAUGAAGUUGGUGAGGUGGACCUAGAGCAUGCAUCUUCUCUUGGAGGUGAUUAUGUAGGAGUCCACCCCAUGGGUCUCCUCUGGUCCCUGAAACCUGAGAAAAUAUUAACUAAACUGCUGAAAAGAGAUGUUAUGAAUAACCCCUUGAAGGUCCAAUUAAAACUUUAUGAUUCAGAUGUAAUGGUUACCCACAUCGCCAUCACUACUCCAAAGGUCAGCCUGACUUUGGAGAGGUGGUAUGUAGCACCUGGUGUCACCCGAAUCCAAGUCAAAGAAGGCUGCCUUCGGGGAGCUCUUCUUCUCCCUCCAGGAGAGGGUCGUUUCCCAGUGGUAAUUGAUUUGUUUGGUGGUAUUGGUGGACUGAUUGAAAUCCGAACCAGUCUCCUGGCCAGUCAUGGCUUUGCUGUCUUGGCCUUGGCUUACUGUGACUAUGAAGACCUCCCUUUCUGACUAGAGAAAGUAGAUUUGGAAUAUUUUGAGGAAGAUGCCAACUUUCUCCUGAGACAUCCUAAGGUCCUUAGCCUGGGUAUUGGGGUAGUCUCCAUGUCCAAAACAGCAGAGACUGGACUCUCCAUGGCUAUUCACCUAAAGCAAGUCACAGCCGCCGCGCUUAUUAACGGGCCCAACUUUAUUCUUGACAUUCCACAGGUAUAUCGUGGUCAGAUAAAUCAGCCCUGGCUGUUCUCUCCUCAUUCACUAUCCAUCAGUACCUUAGGAUUAGUAGAGUUACAGCGCAUUUUUGAGGAUACUAGAGCUGAAGCCAGUGAGACUUUUUUUCUCCCCAUUGAAAAGGCCCAGGGACAUUUCCUCUUCAUUGUGGGAGAAGAAGAUAUGAAUGUCAACAGCAAAGUAUACACAGAGCAAGCCACAGAACAGCUGAGGAGACAUGGGAAGAACAACUGGACCCUGCUGUCUUACCCAGGGGUAGGCCACCUGAUAGAGCCCCCCUACUCCCCACUGUGCUGUGCCUCGAGGAUCUCCAAUCUCUGCCUCUUCAUGCACUGGGGAGGAGAAGUGAUCCCACAUGUAGCUGCACAAGAACGUUCUUGGAAGGAGAUCCAGAAGUUUCUCAGGAAACACCUUGUUCCAGUUGUGACCAGUUGUCUCUUAGAAGAGCAAAUAUUCCUGGAAAUACAGAAGCAAUAGGAUGCUUUACCAGCCCUCCACUUGAUUUUCAUGGAACAAUGCUUUUGACCUCUUCUUGUAAGAAGGAAGUUAUGGCAAGAGAAGGCAGGAAGACUGCGAAUGGUAUGCUUUGACUUUGGAAAGGGAAAAAUGGCUUCCACUUAAUCUAAUAUUAUAAACUGAGGCGUUUUUAUUUUUAGAAAUAUAAACUUAGA